AUGGCUGCAAACAGAAAUGGCGUAGGCAUGUUGAUCAACAAGAGCCUCAAGUAUGGAGUGGUAGACGUCAAGAGACGUGGGGACCGGAUUAUCCUGGUCAAGCUGGUAGUUGAGGACUUGGUUCUCAAUGUUAUCAGCGCGUAUGCCCCGCAAGUAGGCCACAAUGAGAACACCAAGAGGGAGUUCUGGGAAGGCCUGGAAGACAUGGUUAGGACUUUACCGAUUGGUGAGAAGCUCGUCAUAGGAGGAGACCUCAAUGGCCGCGUGGGAGCAUCUAACACAGGUUUUGAAGGGGCGCAUGGGGGCUUUGGCUAUGGCAUCAGGAAUCAAGAAGGAGAAGAUGUCGGUCAGCAGUCAGUUUGCUUUGUCAGAAUAUCAGAUCAGAGUGAUAGCCAAAACAAGUCAGAAGAGCAGGUGAACCUGAGUGAGGGCACUAGUCCCUCUAGCAGCUAUGAUGAGGGCAGCAAGAGUACAGCAAGCAACUUGCCCAAAGCAGCCACAAGGUCAAGGAGGAAGAGAAACUGUGACUCAGAGGAUAAGGACUAUGUUGCUGCUGAGGAGGAGGCCAACUCCAAGAAGAAGGUGUUGAAGAAGGAAUAUGUUGCUGUUGCAACAAAGCCAGGUCCGCACAAGAAGGCUCCAGCAAAGAGAGUUCCUAUGUCUAAGGCCAGAUCCUCAACUCAGGAAACUAUGGAGUUCACACUUGAACCAAAGGAGGCUGGGGAAGGCAAGAAGAGGAAAGAGAGGGUCAAGAAGACUAUUGCCAAAGUCAUUGGGAGAUCCUCUAUGAUAAGAGAUCCAGCUGAAGAUGAAGAGGAGGAAACAGCAUUUGAGCAGCUCCAGGAAGAAGCUGGGGAGAGGAAAGGGCAGGCUACCACAGAUGCCUUUCAAAGAGUGCCAAGAGGUUAG